GGCAUGUGUAAUCUCCAUAGUGGGCAUGGGUGGUCUUGGUAAGACCACACUUAGUCAACUUGUGUAUAAUGAUGAGAGACUGGACACACAUUUUGACCUCAAAUCAUGGAUAUGUGUCUCAGAUGAAUUUGAUCUUUUGAAAAUUAUGAAGGCAAUUCUUAGACAAGUUAGUCCCCUGAAUUCCAAAGCGAAGGAUCCAAAUCUGCUUCAAGUUAGAUUGAAGGAGAGUGUUAAUGGAAAGAAAUUUCUACUUGUUCUUGAUGACGUUUGGAAUGAAAACUAUAAUAACUGGGACCUGCUACACACUCCCCUCAAAGCCGGCUCCAAAGGAAGUAAAAUUAUUGUGACUACCCGUAGCGAGAAGGUUGCGCUAAUCAUGCGUGCCACUCGAAUUCAUCAUCUGGGGCAGUUGCCAUUUGAAGAUUGCUGGUCUAUUUUUGCUAAACAUGCAUUUGGAAGUGGAGAUUCUAGUCUACAUCCGAAAUUAGAAGCAAUUGGCAAAGAAAUAGUGGGAAAAUGUAAUGGUUCCCCUUUGGCUGCAAAAAUAUUGGGGGGGAUCUUGUAUUGUAAGGUAGCAGAAGAGGAAUGGGAGAAUAUAUUGAACAAGGAAAUGUGGAAGUUGCCGACUAAUGAAAUUUUUUCCUCUUUAAGAUUGAGCUACUACUAUCUUCCUUCACAUUUAAAGCGUUGUUUUGCUUAUUGUUCAAUUUUUCCUAAGAAUUAUGAAUUCCAAAAGGAGAAGCUGAUUCUUUUGUGGAUGGCAGAAGGGUUUUUGCAAGAACCAAGUAGCAAGAAAAGAGAAGAAGGGGUCUCUAAACUGGAGGAAGUGGGAGAUAAGAACUUUAAUGAACUGUUAUCGAGGUCUUUUUUCCAGAAAUCAAGUAACAAUAGAUCAUGUUUUGUAAUGCAUGACCUCAUGAAUGACUUGGCUCAACUUGUGUCCGGAGAAUUUGGUAUCCGAUUGGAGAAUGAUGAGAGGCAUGAAACUCUUGAAAAGGUUCGUCACUUAUCAUAUUUUAGAACAGAAUGUGAUGCCUUUGGGAGAUUUGAGGCCUUUAACGACAUAAAUUGUCUUCGGACCUUCUUAUCUUUACAAAUUCAAGCUUCUGGAUCAGUCUCCCACUUGAGUAAAAGAGUUUCACAUGAUCUACUACCAACAUUGAGAUGGCUGCGGGUAUUGUCUUUGUGUGAUUAUAAAAUAAUUGAUUUGCCUGAUUCAAUAGGUAAUCUGAAACAUUUACGGUAUCUGGAUCUUUCCAAUUGUAUAUUCCUUAUAAGGUUACCUAAAUCAAUAGGUACCUUGCACAAUUUACAAACAAUGAUAUUAUCAGGAUGCUUUUCUCUCAUUGAAUUGCCUGUGGGGAUGGGCAAAUUGAUUAACUUGCGUCAUCUUGAUAUUACUGAUACCAAAGUAACAAAGAUGCCUGCUGAUAUGGGUCAACUAAAAAGUUUGCAGACACUGAGUACUUUUAUGGUGGGCCAAGGAGAUCGGUCUAGUAUUGGAAAGUUAAGGGAGCUUCCCUAUAUUAGUGGAAAGCUUCAGAUUGCGGGGCUGCAGAAUGUGUUGGGUUUUAGGGAUGCCUUGGAGGCUAAUUUGAAGGACAAGCGGUACCUGGAUGAGUUACUUCUGCAGUGGAAUCACAGUACUGACGGUGUUCUGCAACAUGGAACAGACGUACUUAACAAGUUACAGCCUCAUUUAAUUGCUUUGGUGGUACAAGAUUUCCAGUUUGGCUUGGAGAUCUUUCAUUCUUCAAUAUUGUUACCCUGCAUCUCUACAAAUGUAAACACUGCCCAUUCUUGCCGCUUCCCUCUCUUCAAGUUCUUGAUAUAAGAGGGAUGAACGG